AUGGCUGUGAUCUAUGGAUCAUGGUUUGACCACGUUCGUGGCUGGCUGUCAAUGAGAGGAAAAGAGAAUUUCCUGAUGAUAUCCUAUGAGGAGCUGCAUCAGGAUAUAAGAGCCAGUGUCGAGAAGAUAAGUGAGUUCUUGGGGAAGAAGCUAAGUCCUGAAGAAUUCAACUCAGUUGUCAAGAAUGUAUCUUUUAAGGUCAUGAAAGAUAACAAAAUGAGCAAUUUUUCCAACGUACCAGAUACCAUUCUUGAUCACAACAAAGGACAAUUGAUGAGAAAAGGAAUCAUUGGGGACUGGAAGCAUCACUUCACGGUGGCCCAGAGUGAAGCCUUUGAUAAAAUAUACCAAGAGAAGAUGGCAGGACUUCCUCAAGGGCUCUUCCCAUGGGAACCAUGA